AUGGCAUCUUCCUCCUCGACCUCAAACUUCGUGCGUCUACUCAGCGGCGACAACUUCUCCUUCAUAAUCGACAAACGCGUCGCCGAGCAAUCCGCGACCAUCCGCAAUAUGCUCGACAUGACCCGCGGCAACGAGCACUCCUCCUCCGCUGCCAUGUUCACCGAGGCCCUAACAAAUGAGAUUAAAUUCCCCGACAUCAAAGGCAAAGUUCUCGAAAAAGUCUGCCAAUACUUGACCUUUAAAUACAGGUAUUCCGAUGAAGGAUUGAGUGAGAGAGUACCAGAGUUUAAUUUUGAUUUGGAAAUGUCUUUGGAGUUAUUGAUGGCUGCUGAUUACCUGGACUGCUAA